AUGUUGAUUCAGGCGAGAUGGGACGAAUUGAGGCAGAAGAUGCAGGUCGUCAAGAAUGCAUAUGUGAGCCGGCAUUACUCGCAAUGCGCGAAAUAUGGAGAGAGAUUGCUGGCUGAAGUACAAGGCGAGCCUAUCAAGAUCCACCCCAUCCACCUCGCCUACCUAAACUUCUACACCGCGCUCUCCCAUGACACCCUCGCACGCGAAGCCACCCUAAAAAACCGCUACAAAGAGCUCUCUCUCGCAGAAAAGCACUACGUCGCCGCCGUCGCCGCCCUCUCACCCCAAGAGUACACCUCCGACCGCGCCAUGCAAGUGGCCUCGCCCACAUCAUCCACAUCCUCGCACUCCCCCACCGAAGCAAACGUAAUCUGGCGCUUCCGCCGCGCCGACUCGGUCAGUUCCACCGCCUCCUUCGCCUCCAGCGCAACCUCAAUCUCGUCCUCCCGCUCAGAUCUCGACUACACGCACCGCAGCAUGGGCUCGUACUCCUUCCCCUCGCCCCCGCAGCACUUCCAUGCACACGCACACACGCGCAAGCGCAGCAUCAUCAUCCCGUCGCGCCCGCAGACGCCAGAGGAGUACCAGUUCGCCGCGGACACGGCGGCGUUUGUGCGCAUGGUCCGCGGGCACUUGAUGGAUGUGCGCACGCUGAAGCAGGCGACUGAUGCGCCGAGUCUCCGACAUGUCGAGUCCGGUGAAGUCGAGGGCAGGGAGUCGCGUGUUCGAUGGCGAGAUGGAGGAGGUGAAGAGGAGGGAGAGGAAGAAUAUGAGUUGGAGACCGCGAUUUGA